CGGGGGGGGGAGCGGCAGCGGGACCCGGCCGACCCGCCCCCGCCACGCCCCGCCGACGUCAUGCCCGCGCGGCAGAGGCCCUCGGAGAGCGAUGGUCCUCCACCAGAUCCAUCAUACCGUUUCUUGUCUGACCCCGAUAGGGACGGAUCCGAACAGACAAGAGAAAACAGAAAGGAGCACCGAGGAAGAGGGGGGAGGGGGAGGGGCAAGUGGGGCGGGCGAGGCGGCCCCGAGGAGGGGGAGGACGGCAGCCGGCCGGAAGCCGCCUUCGGAGAGGGCGAGUCCCCGGAGAACGGCGCGGGGGCGCACGGGGGCAGGGGGUCCUUCAGGGGCAGGGGAGGAAGGGGGCGCGGGGGCGGCCUCGAGGACUUCAACGGAGACAGGGGCUUCGGGAGGGGCAGGGGCAGGGGGAGGGGUAGGGGGGGCAGAGGGGGCGACAGACCCAGACAUGAAUUCGAGGCUUUCAAUGCGGAAAAUGGGACGGACGGCAUGCCCGGCGGCGGGGAUGGAGGAGGAGGAGGAGGAGGAGGAGGAGGAGGAGGAGGAGGAGGAGGAGGAGGAGGAGGAGGAGGAGGAGGAGGAGGAGGAGGAGGACCCAGGGGAAGAUUCGCCUCGAGGGACAUCCGGUACUUCCCCGACGACGAGGCCGACGCGGGGGCGACGAGAGGCGGCUACGGGCGAGGCCGCGGCGGCUCCGGGCCGAGGCACUCCCACGAGGAGGGCGAGGACGGCGGCAGAGAUCGCCCGCGGGGCAGGGGCAGGGGGGGCUUCGAGCACCGAGGCAGAGGGAGAGGCAGGGGUCGCGGCCAGCAGAAGGAGUACGAGCGGUGGAAGGCGGAGCGAGAGGCCAUCGACGAGGCCAGGCUGAUCCGGAGCCGCACGCACGGGGGCGGCUGGAGGAGGGAGUGGGAUAAUGAUAAGCUCGAUCAAGGAAAUAUUGAAGAUAGCGAGCCAUUUUAUGAUCCUAGAUAUCCCAGAAGUAAAGGGGAAGGCUUUAAGUUGGCAGACUACAUGACACCAGGUGAGGGCGAGGACAAAGGGCCUGGAGGGCAGGAGGGGCCAGGGGAGCACAGGCCAGCAAGAGGCCGGGGGUCCAGGGGGAAGUUCAGGGGUCAGGGUCGCUACAUUGACCCAGAGUUGAAUGCACAGAAGCAUGAGGAGGAAAUCAUGGCUGAGCUUGACCCGGAUGCGGUCUUUGGCCGCAGGAGGAUUGAGGGCCAUGGGGACUCUUUCACCAUCUCUGUCUCCAACACCACUCACAGCUCUGCUGGUGAGAAAGAAUCAGAAGUACUUGGUAAAUUUGUGCGGGUGGGCUCUGGGCGGAUGGGACAGGGCAAGAGGAGUCCUCCCCAAAAUGAGCAUGGCGGAGAUGAAAGAGCAGAGGGAGAGAGGCCACACUACCAGGGGCGAGGACGUGGACAGAGACAUGCCAGGGGAAGGGGGCGUGGCCAGGGACGCGGAUACUUUAACAAUAAGGAGAAUUCCCCAUACACCUGGGUGAGGCCUAGUGGAGCACCUGCCCAGACUUCCUCAUUUGCCAUCAGCUCCCAAAAGUCAAUGGAGCAAGAUGCAUCAGAUACUCCUAGUCCUGUGGCAGUAUCAGAAAGUAAAGCAGAUAAUAAUGCAUUAGAACCAGGUGCAGAAAAGAUAAUAGAAAGCAACCUUAAACCAGACACCAACCAGGAAGGGAAUACCGUUGAUGAAAAUAGUCAGAUUGAGUCGAAGGAAAAGGGGGAAAGUGGCCUAUUGCAAGAGGAAGUUGGGGAAAAUUUUGAAGGCAGUGAGGAUGCAGCAAAAGAGGAGGAGCUAGGUGAUUAUGAAGAUGAAGAAGUUUAUGAGGAAGCGGAAGAGGAAUAUUAUGAAGAUGAUUACCAUGAAGCAGAAGAGGAGGAGCUGAAAGGGGAAGAGGAGGAGCUGAAAGGGGAAGAGGAGCAGCUGAAAGGGGAAGAGGAGCAGCUGAAAGGGGAAGAGGAGCAGCUGAAAGGGGAAGAGGAGCAGCUGAAAGGGGAAGAGGAGGACCUGAAAGGGGAAGAGGAAGAAACCGAGGGAAAUGUGGGGGCCACAGAGACCAAGGAAAAUCUUCCAGCAGAAGUAGAGUCUGCUCCCAUUCAAGGAGAAGAGGGAAAAGUUGAAGAGGAAAACAGCAAGAAAGGUUCUAAUGCCACAACAGACAAGGAAGAUCCUGAACCUAAAUCUCAGCCUAUACCUGUUGAUGUGAAAGAAGAAGCAGAGAAGGAGAACACAGAUGAGAAUGAAGGGAAAGAGAAAGAAAAUUUGGAUGUCAAAAGCGAACAGAAAGAAUGCACAAUGCAGUCAGAACAAGCGUUGGUGAGUAAGGAUGAAAGUCCAGGUAAGAAUGAUGAGCAGGAUGUGAAGGAGAAUACAGAACAAGAAGCAGAGUGUCCCAGGAUGGCAGAUGGUGAGGCAAGUAGUGAGGCAGCUGCUAAAGACAAGGCAGGUAAUGAGGAGAAGGAGGGCAACAUUGUGGAGGAUAAGGCCAAAACAGAGGAAUGUCCUGUUGAACUGGGCAAGGAAGUGAGUGCUGAUGAGGACAUCACCACUGAUGAAAAGGAAGCAGGUGUUGAGAGGGAAUCCGAAUCAAAAGCCAAUAAAAAUGAUGCUCAAAUAGAGGACCAGCCCAAAGAUACAGCCAGUGAACUGCCUGAACCAGAGUCUGGGAAGGAGAAGCCAUCAAAGCUUGAAGUCAGCGAGGGGAAGGAUGAAGGUGCUCCUGCUGUUUCUAGUGAAGCUGUUGACCCACAAGCAGAGGUUAAAGUAAGUGAGAGUGAGAAAAAGACUGAAGGCCUGGUGAAGCUCGCCCCAUCCCCUACGAAAACAAAUGAGGGAGAGAAAAAGCCUGAAAGUCGACUGACCCCAGCUUCCUCUCCAACAAAGACAGAGGAACUUGUUCCUAACAUUGAGUGGAAAUGAUAUGAUUUGGAAAAUACAGUAUAGGGUUGUUUUGCUGUGAAAAUGAAUAAGCAAUGAGUCAUGUCACUGUCUCCUAUAUAGUGUCACAUCUUGGUUUCAAAUACAGUAGUUAUAACUGCUGUGUAUACUAAAUAAAUUUUAUAUUAACACUAUCAACGUACAUCAUGAAAUUAAAUUACCUCAUGUGCAGCUUCAGAGAAUAUGAGUGAAUACUUGUAAAGCUAAAUUUGGUUUUCAUUUACAAGUUGUGCUGUGAUGGUGCAGACUAUUCCAGUUCUUUAUCAAGAGGCUUUACACUCCAUUAUAGUUUUUAAGGAGUCAUGAUUGAAUUUAAUCAUUUUCUGUGUCAGGUACUACCCAUCAUAGUUUGCUGAAACUUGUAUGUUUUCAUGACAGUGAAGUUAUAUUUAUGAAAGUAGAACUAGAAUGUGUAUAUACAAUUUUGUUUAUAUUUAAAGUAUUAGGCUUGUAGGUGAGUCAUUGUGUAUAACUUACUUUAUGCAUGUUUUCCCCUUUCCCUUUUUUAUAUCUUGAAUAUGUCUUAAUAGAUGAGCUAAAUUAUUUUAUGUGUUUUUGCUCAUAUACAUAUAUUUUUUAUUUAUCUAUCUAUUUAUUUAUUUUGCAUGAUUUAGACAUAGGUUUACUUCUUAUUCUUUCUUUUUUACUCAGUUGGUGUACUGAUAUCAGCUUUUUAUUUUUAUUAAUCUCAUGAUGCACAGGUAUAGCCUAUAUCUAAGAGAAAUUAUACAUGGGUGUGUUAAAGUUCCUUCUGUUUUUUUUUUUGGUAUGCUUGUUCACUUUGUUUCAUAUGAUGUGGAUAUUUUCUCCUUGUGUGAAUAGGGGUGUGUGUGAUGGAAUUAAAAUGCGUUAGUACUAUAUA